AUGACCAUGAUGGAUCCCGGUCAGGCUGUCUAUCUCUCCUACCAGGUUCCUCCUGCCGGAAAUGCAGUAAUGCUUGCUGCCUUUGCUGCCUUGGUUCCGCUCAACAUCUUCACAGGAAUACGGUACAAGACACCAUUAUACAACUCUCUCCUCACAGCGGGCCUCAUCGUCGAAGUUGUCGCCCAUGUUGCAAGGAUAUUUCUCAGCACCGAGUCUGCAAGUCCAGCGUACUUUGCGGUGUAUAUGGUCGGAACGCACUGGGGAGCUACCUUUGUCGGAUCAGCCAUCUACCUUGUUCUGCCUCAUGUCACUGUGCUCUACGGUCAGGAAUUUCGGCUCGUCUCCAACGCCCUCUACAUCAACAUUUUCUUUACGAUCAUGGAUAUCUCUUCUUUGGUCUUCCAAUCCGUGGGCAUUAUUUAUGCUGCCAGCGCAACAUCAGCGUCACAGGUUGAUCAGGCCGUCAACAUUCUGCUGACAGGACUUGCCUUCCAAACUACGACUCUGGUCGCCUUCUUGGGUGGUUAUCGCUAUUUCCGGUACAAAAUCGAUCAUCGACGCUACAUCUUGGACAAUACCUUCUCUGCAACAUACUUAUCUCGCCGAUUCAAACAAUUUAUGUUGGUUGUCCAAGCAGCUGGAUGUCUCCUUGUACUUCGAACCGCCUUGCGAAUCGCUGGGUCUUCCGGCGGUCUUGGCAGUUCGCUUGCCGUUUCCCAAGUCGUAUCUUUCCUCCUCGACGACACCCUAGUUCUUCUAGCGAUUCUUAUCCUCACACUUUGGCCAGUAGGGCGCGCCUUUGGACCCUCGUGGACCGAUACCUCCCCAUUGGCAUCCCCCGACGCCCUCAGCGACCUCCCUCUGCGACGGCACUUUCAUCGCCAUUCCCGAAGGCAGAUCCUCCGCAAACGCCAUUUAUCGCAGCCAUAUAACGCCUCCGAGGUACCAUCACCUUACACACCCAGCCAUGCCGCCUCGGGGUUUCCAUCGUCUGUUAGCCCGUUAGGACACCGCCCCUCACCGCUUGAGCCUUCUCUCGCUUCUCCGAGAAACAACCCCGUCUAUCAACGCGCGCCUUACGAGCAAUCGCCGACAGGCACUGUGCCGUGUAUCUCUCCUGAGCAGAGUCCAAAGAUGUUCAUGACAGCGGCAUCACCUGGGCAGUAUCAGGACGGAAGUUGGAAGAAAGCCAAGAGCUCGCCACGUGGGCCGACAAGCCCGGAGCCAACAUCCAAAAUGGUGAGAAGUAAUGAUCUGUGGGAUUAGCCACCAGUUCAGAUUUCUAUUCACUUUGCUUUGUUUCGACUCUACAUAUUUGAUUGGCACAAAAACCGGUGUGAUGUAACGUCUAUUCUUGAAUAUUACAUGUCUCGUUUUGUGUGGAGUGGGUGGUUUUUCGUUUAUAGAUUGAUACCGGCAUUGGUUAGGGGACGGAGGGGUCUGCUUGCUUUGGUUUUGUUUUAACGGGAGUUUUGCUCAUUUGUAUUUUUUUGUGCGAGGUCCGAGUAUCCACAGCUUUUUGUCUUUCUUUCUCGUUGUAUAGGAAACGAGACAAGAAGGCGUCCAUGAAACGGCCGAUGUUCUGGACCGUCA